CUGUCCCUUUAACGUGCAGUUGUGGGUCCCAGUCAGCGAGACAAGAAGAAUUCUGUAACUUGUCUCUGGACCUGAUUUCUGGAGGAUCUAUAGAACAAAUGCUUGAAGGAUAUCUGAAGGAGACAGAUUUAGAGUUCAAGUGUGAGUGCGGAGGGACGUCGUCGGGCCAGACAUUGUCCUUCGCGACCCUGCCUAGAGUGCUCAUAUUACACCUGAAGCGUUUUUGCUUCACUCCCUCCUACACCCUGGAGAAGAUCCAAGACCCCGUCCAACUACUGAGUCAUCUGAAAGUGUCCUGCAAACAGGAUGUUGGCUGUUACAGUCUGGUCAGCGUCAUCAACCACUUUGGCAUCUCAAGAACAGGACACUACGUCUGUGAUGGCAUUUGCCCCGACAGUCCAGGUGACGAGCACAACCGCUGGCUCACCUUCAACGACUCAGCAGUCCACAAGACAACCAGCGCAUCUGUUUGUGAGCAGCGGCGGGAGUCAGCAUACGUCCUAAUUUACAAACGAGAGGUAUAG